AUGAUUAAAUGUUUUCGAAUUCCCGAGCUACAGUCACUUUUAAGUUUUGCUGGUAGAAGUAAAAUUGGUAAAAAACAAGAGCUACAAUUGAGAGCUUUAAUGUUGUUAAAAUUGCAAUCUGAACCAAUAGCAUUUAAAAUAAAACAACUAUACAAUUUAAUGCAGAAUUGCUACAAUAGUAAUACAAUUCAAUUCCCCUGUGGGGAAAUAUGUGUUUCUCCUUCUUCAACUGAAGAUGUAAAUAAAGAUAUUGAAAAAAUACUGGAAAAGGAUGAUGAGGGUAUAGCUAUAGUCGAUAAUAUAGAUUAUCAAAAAUCUAGUUUACUUUACGAAAAUAAACAUUUUUCACCUAAUAAGUUAUUAUUAGAUGCCACUUGCUGUUCUAAUUACUCGGAUAUACAAUUUAAACCACUUCCUUUUUAUCAAGUAUUGUAUGAGUUAUUAAAGCCAACAUUUUUAGUUCCUAAAGACUGUCACAUUCAACAGAAAAAUUCAUUUUCAUUUUACUUUUCACCUGAACAAGUUGCAGAAAUAUGUCUUUCAACAGAUUUAGAACAAAAGUACAUUAUUCAACUUCGAUUUUGUGUGAUAGAUGAUAGAACAAAUCAACAAAGUGACACUUAUCCUGCUGGUCUUAUUGUAUGGGUCAAUGAUAAAUUUUGUUAUGUGCAGGAGUUAUCAGGGAAAAAGAAAAAGGGAAUGUAUUUAAAGGAAAUUUCAGUGCCAAUCAAUAUAACAUCAUUCACAAAAAUUGAUUCCUUACAAGAAAACAAAAUUGACAUUCAGUGGAAUAUUGAAAGUAAUUUAGCUUAUGUGAUUGCUGUAUUCGUUGUACGAACUAAAUCAUCUCAAGAUUUAUUGGAGAGCUUAAAGGAAAAAUCUAUUUACGAUGCAAAUUACACUAAAAAAAUGAUAAAAGAUAAACUAUUAGAAGAAGCUGAUAAUGAAAUAAUGACAACUUCUCUUCGAAUAUCAUUGUUGUGUCCCCUGGGAAAAACUCGAUUUCAAUUUCCUUGUAGAAGUACUCGCUGUCAACAUCUUCAAUGUUUUGAUGCUUUUUUAUUUUUGCUUAUGAAUGAAAAAAAACCUGUUUGGGUGUGUCCCAUCUGUGAUAGUUCUGCUGAAUAUGAAACACUUUGGAUUGAUGGUUACUUUCUAGAAAUUUUGAGUUCUAACAAGUUAUCGACAAGCAUAAAUGAAAUAGAACUUCAUGAUGAUGGAUCUUGGUCUACUGUUGUAGUAAAAAAAGAAGAAGAAUUCGAUAAUGAUGAUUGUUCAUUGGUAAAAAUUGAAACUGAGGAAGAAAUUGUUGAUGUUAUAAUCGAUGGUAGCGAUUCGAAAAAAUCAAACCAGACAACAAAAUCAUCAAAGAAAAAUUCAAAAGUAAAAAAUCGUAAAAUGGAUAGAAAUGAUGUUUAUUCAAAUAGUGAAAAUAGUGUAACAAGUGUUAAGAAAAUCGAUGAAAUUGAUUUGACUAUUUCUGAUUCUGAUGAUGAGCCUCUAAUAUGGUACAAAAAUAAGCAAUCAAAGCAUUCUUAUGGUUGGUAUAAAACAGAAAAACUAUGA